CCGAAUCCCUUCCGGCUCACAUUCUAGCCCCUAGUUCUGCUUGGUGUGGUGCAGCGGCGGCCGAGGCAGCAGAGCCCAGGAGAGCAGGUCUGCAUCUCUGCUUCCCCAAUCAGGAGUCAUCAAGAUGCCCAUCCUGGAAAAAACUCCCCCUAAGAUGGCAGCAAAAAGUCCCAGCAGUGAGGAGGAGCCUGGGCUGCCCAAACUCCCUGUGCCCCCAUUGCAGCAGACCCUGGCCACCUACCUGCGGUGCAUGCAGCACCUGGUACCUGAGGAGCAAUUUAGGAGGAGCCAGGCCAUUGUGCAGCAGUUUGGGGCCCCUGGUGGCCUUGGCGAGACCCUGCAGCAGAAGCUCCUGGAACGGCAGGAGCAGACAGCUAACUGGGUGUCUGAGUACUGGCUGAACGACAUGUAUCUCAAUAACCGUCUGGCCCUGCCUGUCAACUCCAGCCCAGCUGUGAUUUUUGCCCGGCAGCACUUCCAAGACACCAAUGACCAGCUAAGGUUUGCAGCCAACCUUAUCUCUGGUGUGCUCAGCUACAAGGCCCUGCUGGACAGCCACUCCAUCCCCAUUGACUGUGCCAAGGGCCAGCUGUCAGGACAGCCUCUCUGUAUGAAGCAAUACUAUGGGCUUUUCUCCUCUUACCGGCUCCCUGGCCACACCCAGGACACCCUGGUAGCUCAGAAGAGCAGUGUCAUGCCCGAGCCAGAGCACGUCAUCGUGGCCUGCUGCAACCAGUUCUUUGUCUUGGAUGUUGUCAUUAAUUUCCGCCGUCUCAGUGAGGGGGAUCUGUUCACUCAGUUGAGAAAGAUAGUCAGAAUGGCUUCCAACGAGGAUGAACGCUUGCCUCCAAUCGGCCUGCUGACGUCAGACGGGAGGAGCGAGUGGGCUGAGGCCAGGACGGUCCUCGUGAAAGACUCCACCAAUCGGGACUCUCUGGAUAUGAUCGAGCGGUGCAUCUGCCUGGUGUGCCUGGAUGCCCCUGGAGGCAUGGAGCUCAGCGACACCAACAGGGCGCUCCAGCUUCUUCACGGCGGAGGCUGCAGCAAGAAUGGAGCCAACCGCUGGUACGACAAGUCCCUACAGUUUGUGGUGGGCCGAGAUGGCACCUGCGGCGUGGUGUGCGAACACUCCCCUUUUGAUGGCAUUGUCCUGGUGCAGUGCACGGAGCAUCUGCUCAAACACAUGGUGAAGAGCAGCAAGAAGAUGGUCCGAGCUGACUCGGUCAGCGAGCUCCCAGCACCCAGAAGGCUGAGGUGGAAGUGUUCCCCGGAAAUCCAAGGCCUCUUAGCUUCCUCAGCAGAAAAACUCCAACGAAUAGUCAAGAAUCUUGACUUCACUGUUUAUAAAUUUGACGACUAUGGGAAGACUUUCAUUAAGCAGCAGAAAUGCAGCCCCGAUGCCUUUAUUCAGGUGGCCCUCCAGCUAGCCUUCUACAGGCUCCAUGGGAGACUCGUGCCUACCUAUGAGAGCGCGUCCAUCCGCCGAUUCCACGAGGGACGGGUGGACAACAUUCGAUCGGCCACUCCGGAGGCACUGCAUUUUGUGAAAGCCAUUACUGACCAUGCAUCUGCCAUGCCGGAUUCGGAGAAGCUGCUGCUCCUGAAGGAUGCCAUCCGAGCCCAGACCCAGUACACAGUCAUGGCCAUCACGGGGAUGGCCAUCGACAACCACCUGCUGGGGCUGCGGGAACUGGCCCGAGAAGUGUGCAAGGAACUGCCUGAGAUGUUCACGGAUGAAACAUACCUGAUGAGCAACCGCUUUGUCCUCUCCACCAGCCAGGUGCCCACCACCAUGGAGAUGUUUUGCUGCUAUGGUCCUGUGGUACCCAAUGGGUACGGUGCCUGCUACAACCCCCAGCCAGAGAGCAUCCUUUUCUGCAUCUCCAGCUUUCACGGCUGCAAAGAAACCUCUUCAACCAAGUUUGCAAAAGCUGUGGAAGAAAGCUUUAUUGAAAUGAAAGGUCUCUGCAGUCUGUCCCAGUCUGGCAUGGGCAAGCCCCUGGCAACAAAGGAAAAAGUAACAAGGCCUAGCCAGGUACACCAACCUUGACUGCUGCCGCUCAGUUUCGCCUCCCCAAACCCAGCACUCUGCAGCUGCCAGACCCUGCUGAACCCCUGCUCU